AUGGAUUUUUCAAUGAAUCGAUUCUCAAACAGAAUUACUAGAGAAAUUGAAGGAUUGCAAAAUCUGGUGCACCAUUCUUUGAGAAACAAAAAGUUGCAAGGAACUAUACCUGACUCGAUGAGCAACAUGGUAGCUUUGGAAUUCCUAGACCUUUCUCAAAAUAAUAUAUCAGUAACCAUUCCCAAGUUUUUGAAGAAACUUCAGUACCUCAGGUAUCGAAGAUGUAAAAGAGCUCCUCAACAAGCUAUUUCAUUGUCUACCAUAACAAGAAUUUCAUACUAUGAAUUGAUCCAAGCAACUGAUGCAUUUAGUGAGAGUAAUUUGAUUGGUUCUGGGAGUUUUGGAUCUGUUUACAAAGGCGUUCUCAGAAGUGGAACUGUCAUUGCAGUGAAAGUAUUCAAUCUGCAACUGGAGGCAUCAUUCAGGAGUUUUGAUAUAGAAUGUGAAGUUUUGCGCAACCUUCGCCAAAGGAAUCUCGUAAAAGUCAUUACUAGUUGUUCCAACCUUGAUUUUAAGACUUUAGUGCUCGAGUAUAUGCCUAAUGGGAGCCUUGAGAAGUAUUUAUAUUCACACAACUAUUUCUUAGACAACAUGCAAAGACUAAGCAUUAUGAUAGAUGUGGCAUGUGCAUUGGAAUAUCUCCAUCAUGGGUGCUCGUUGCCCGUGAUUCACUGUGAUCUGAAGCGUAGUAAUGUCUUGCUUGAUGAGGAUAUGGUUGCUCAACUAAGCGACUUUGGUAUUUCAAAACUGCUUGGUGACGAUGAGAGUGAUUUAUAUACUAAAACCUUAGCAACUUCGGGGUGUAUUGCACCGGAGUAUGGACUGGAUGGAUUGGUGUCAACAAGAUGUAAUGUUUAUAGUUACGGGGUCAUGUUUCUCGAAACAUUUAUCCGGAGAAAACCUAAUGAGUUUGAGGGAGAUCUUAGCUUGAAGCAAUAGGUGAGUUAUUCACUCCCAGAGGCAGUAAUGGACAUUAUAGAAGCCAACUUGGUAACACCAACGGGUAAUCGCUUACAGAAGGAUCCAUAUGUUGUGGCAUCAAUCAUGAAAGUUACAUUAGAUUGUUGUGCUGAAUAUCCGGUAAGAAGGACAAACAUGAAAGAUGUAGUAGGGAUGCUACAGAAGAACAAGAUUCAACUUCUUGCAUGCUGAGCAUGUUUCUCGGAAUCUCUUGUGUGUUGCAAAUGUUUGUUAAAUUGUUGGAUUCAUAUAAAGAUAGAUUCUUCUCUUUUUUUUUUCGUACUUGAUUUUUGCAUGAUUCUAUUUUCAGAAAUGCUAGUUGGUUGUAAUAAAUCUUUAGUCUUUACUAUUUCCUCUUAAUAUUAAUGUUGCAAAAUGAUGGAACACAAUCAACAACAAAUAUGAGAAAAACAUU